AUGAGUAGCACUUGUCGUACUUGUUUGGGUGAAGGAAAAGAAAUGAAACAUAUUCAUUCUGUUAUUUCUAUUGCGGGUGAUGAUGUUCGACUUUCAGACAUAUUACUUCAUUUCUACAACUAUAAAGUCUCAGAUGAUACUAUGCUUCCCGAGUACGUUUGUAUAAACUGUACAUACCAACUCACUAUAACUUAUUCCUUUAAAAUUCUAAUUGAAUCAAGUACUAAAAAGUUAAUGGAGAGAAUUAACUACACAGAAUCUGCAAGUGAUGAAAAUGAUACCUACUUAUCUGACGAUAAGGAAAUAAACAAUAUAGAAAACAAAUUAAAUUAUCCAAAAGAAUCCAACAUAGAUAUAGAAAGUUCUACUGAAUUAUUUUGUGUAGAAUGUAAAGCAGAGUUUACGUCCACAAAAUCACUUUACAAUCACUGUAUGAACAAUCACCCAGUACAUAACGAUGUUGGUAGGCCUUGUGAAUACUGCAGUGAAAAAUUUGAGGACUUCCGUUCCUUAAUAAUGCAUAGAAAGCUUCACUUACAUCCCUAUAUGUGUGAAAACUGUUGGGCAGGGUUCUAUUCUCAUGAAGACUUAGUCAAGCAUAAUUGUCAACCAAACCGUCACAAACCUAAGGGGAAGUCUAACAAAAAAGCACUGAGACAAUGUGAUCAAUGUGGGAAGUCAUACCCUCCAGGUUACAUACGAGUACACAUGUUAACGCACAGCAACAACAGACCGUAUAGCUGCAAAUAUUGUCCCAAAUCAUUCAAAGUUCCCGGUAGCCUCAAUUCACAUAUACUAUGGAACCACAAACGGACAAGAAACCACAGAUGUGAAGUAUGCAAUGCUACAUUCAUUAGUUCUAGUUCUAGAAGCUCACACAUACGAAAGAACCAUUUGAAAGAAACAAAAUACGCUUGUGAGAGUUGCGGUAAGCGAUUCUUUUCAAAGUCAGAAUUGCAACGGCACUCUCUUACUCACACCGGAGUUAAGAACUUCCACUGUCAUUUAUGUGAUAAGUCCUAUCAGACUAGAUAUGGUUUGAAUGUGCAUUUGAAAUCUCAUCCGCAACCUGUUAUAAUGAAUCUCUGA